AUGAAGAGGAAAUAUUCAAAGGAAACAAUUCUUUCCAAAUUUCUGAAUCAAACUCAACAACAAACAAAUGAAACUUCAAAUAAUAGAAAGAAAGUGGCUUUGGUGAUUGCACAUCCAGAUGAUGAAGCCAUGUUCUUUUCUCCAAUGUUACUUUCAUUGGUUGAGCAACAAGUAUCUGUGAGCAUUUUGUGCUUGUCGAAUGGAAAUUUUGAUGGAUUGGGAGAAAAGAGAGUUAAGGAAUUGGAAUUGAGUUGUUCUUCAAUGGGAUUGAAUUGUAAUAAUGCAAAAGUUGUUAAGGAAUUACAAGAUGAUUUGAGUGGUUCUUUAGUGAUAGUUGACAAUGAUCAAUUAUUGGAUGGAAUGAAUAAUAAGUGGAGCGAUGAAUUGAUUUCUAAUUUUGUUGCCAAAUUUGUAGAACAGAAUGGAAUUACAACUUUGUUAACAUUUGACAAGGAUGGAAUUUCAAGCCAUCCAAAUCAUAUUGACGUAUUCAGAGGAGUUUCAUACUUUUCAGAUAGAUGUAAAAGAGAACAAACCUCAAUUGAUAUAUUUACAUUGGAAUCAGUUAAUUUACUUCGCAAAUAUUUGGGAAUUAUUGAAUUUGCUAUUAGUUUACACUUUAACAGUGACGAAAAUGUUACAAUUUUUACUCCAAACCCAUUUAUUGCAUGGAAAGCAAUGAGCUCCCACGAAAGUCAAUUUGUUUGGUUUAGAAAAUUGUUUGUUCUCUUUUCCAGAUAUACUUUUGUGAAUACAUUGACAAAAUUGUAA